AUGAAGGACUUGGACAGUUUACAUGAAGGAAUCCGCCCUUUUCUGGCCAAUGAGGUUAAAUAUGAAAAAUGGGCAAUAAUCUACUCCAAAAGUCGUAGAUAUGUAGCUAUGACUUCAAACAUAGCUGAAUCCAUUAAUGCGACACUAAAAGAAAUGAGAGAGAUUCCAGUAACAACAUUAGUUGAGUGCCUUAGAAACCUGAUUAAAAAAUGGAGCUACAACAACAAAAAAGAAGCAGAAGCAACCUUUACAGACUUGCAAAAGAAACAAGAGGAAUACUUAAAAAAGAUCUUUGUCAAGUCAUUAAGAAUAACUGUAGAACCAGCUAGCACACUCAUUUAUAGUGUACACAGCGGUUUAACAACAAACAUUGUAGUUAUUGCAAAGAAAUCAUGCACUUGUAACAAGUUUGAUUUGGAUGAAUUACCUUGUGAACAUGCCAUGGUAGUCAUUAGAAAGAUAAACCUUCAGUAUAGAAAAUAUUGCUCAUAUUAUUUCACAAAACAAGCCAUGUUGAACACCUAUAAUGCAUCAAUACAUCUAUUGGGAGAUCCAAAAACAUGGAGAGUUCCACCUAAUGUUGAGGAAAUAGAAGUACUACCUCCAAAGGGAAACAACAGUGAUUGGAACACUACUUAUCACUAUUACUUGUGA